AAAAAGUAGUAGUCUCGUAAACGCCAGUCAUGAAUGAACGUGGUGACGACUGACGACAGUGUAGUAAUGCGUAAUUCCUCGGACGUGUUGUGUGUAGUCCUUUUAAAAUUUAAAUACCGUUGUGAUUUUCGUUGAUCUCUGUCCACAUCCUGUGAAGGUGAUACAACGCAAGAAGAAAAUGUCGGAACAGCAGUGCAUAUCGAAACACGUCAAAUUCAGCGAAAUAAGUGCCAUUCUGGAGAAACUGAAGGCAGCCGGACCGACGUCAUCGAGCAAGAAGGACGACAUCCUUCGUCGGUACUUUGAUUCGUUCGAACAGUUCCGGCGGGAGUAUCGACAGAAGUAUGGAGACAAUGCUAAAACCAGCAUCUUCCCAAUCCUGCGCUUGCUCCUCCCAGCGGCCGACCGUGAGCGGGAUUCCUACGGCAUCCGGGUGAAAACUCUGCGGGAUUUGUACAUCAAGAUACUCGGAAUCAGCGAGUCGAGCAUCGAGGCCCGGAAGUUGUCCGGCUUUGACGAAUCGGGUACCGGUAGCAACGGGAAUAGCGGCGACUUUGCCGACCGUAUAUUCACCCUGAUGCGUGGUCGCUGUCCGAAGGAGUGCGAUAUGACCGUUUGGGAUGUGAACGAGAGGCUGGACGCCAUGGGUCAGCACUAUCAGAACGGCCGUCGAGCUAAAACACAGGAUGAGCUGAUUCGGAUGGUGCAAGGAAUGACCCAGCUUGACCAGAAGUGGCUGAUUAGGAUAAUAUUGAAAAACUUGCGAAUGGGGAUGAGUCAAACGAAACUGCUGGGGUUGUAUCAUCCCAAGGCGGGGGCGCUGUUCGAUAGGCUGAGUCAUUUGUCCAAAGUUUGUGACGCAGUAGAGAGUGGUGAGGGUUUGGAAGAGAUCGGGGAACCUGGUUCAGGGAUGGCAGUGAGGCUCUUCAACCCUGUGAAACCGAUGCUGUGCCAAAGAGUGGAUUUGAAACUGGUCGAUGGCAUGCUAAAGAAGGACGAGUUCUGGUUGGAAACCAAAAUGGACGGCGAAAGGUUCCAGAUUCAUAAGGAAGGCCAGGUGUUCAAAUACUUUUCCAGGAAUAGCUACGAGUAUAGUCACGUUUUUGGAGAGAAUCCGAACCAUCCCGGUUCCACGCUGACUCCAUAUUUAUCGAAUCUGCUAACCGCGAGCGUUCAAAGUAUGAUUCUGGACGGAGAAAUGAUGGUGUUCGACAAACGCGAGCUAAUCUAUCGGGAUAAAAGCGAGAACACGGAUGUUAAGGCCAUCAAAGCGGACAAUCCGGAGUUGAGACCAUGCUUCUGCGCCUACGAUGUGCUAUUCUUGAAUGGGAAAAGCUUAAUAAUGGUGCCUUACGCGGAGAGGAUUCGCCUCUUGAAAACGCUCAUCAAGGAGAAGGUAGGAUUCGUAACGAUCUGCCAUCGAGUUAAGGUGAAGAAUGGUGAGCAUCUGGUGGAGCUGCUAAAUCACGCCAUCGAUGCCCACCAGGAAGGGGUCGUUAUCAAGAAAGAGAACUCGGCGUACAGUCCGAACGAGCGGAACGCCGGUUGGUACAAGAUCAAGCCGGAUUACAUCGAUAACAUGGUUUCCGAUUUCGAUCUGUUGAUAAUAGGUGGUUUCUACAACUCCAAACGCCAGUACAUCAACACAUUCCUGGUCGGUGUCAUGGAUGAUCGCGACAAGGAAAACCCUAUCUUCUUUGCUGCAACCAAGGUCGGUAUAGGCCUCUCCAUCGAUCAGUGGAAGCAGUUAAACAGUUCACUCAGACCCCACUGGCAAGAUGUUACAGCUAGAAAACAAGGCCGCACCACUGUCACCGAAGAACCUCCGGAACUACGGUGGGGUCAAACGCCACCGGACGUCUGGGUACAUCCGACACAUUCCAUCGUGCUGCAGCUGAAGGGCUCCGAACUGGUUCAAAGUACAUCCUUUGCGACGGCCUACACGAUCAGAUUUCCGCGCAUUACGGCCAUACGUAGCGAUAAGGGCUUUUGCGACGUAACGAGCAAGGACGAGUAUGAUCAGCUCUGCUCGGCGAACACCAAGGUUGCCAAGCUGGCCAAACGGCAUGUAACUGUGGAUGAUCUUACUCCGGGAAAUGUAGAUUCUUCCAACGGUAGGAAACGAAAAAAGUCAUCCCCGCUGCAGCGCAACCGUUCCACGAGGCUAAACCUGAAUCUGAAUCACGUCGACGAAACAGCGGAAGAGCUCAUCGACAAUGUGGGUUCGGGGUUGGACUUCUGUGUCCUGAGUACCUCCAGAGGACAACCACCGAUAGCCGAGCUGGAGAAGAUGAUACGUCGCCACGGCGGCCGGGUCGUCAAAAACCCCGGCCCGAAAACCUAUCUCACGAUCGCAGGUGAUCGAACAUUUUUGGUAGAUCGAAUCAUCGACAGUCAGGUAUACAACGUGGCCACCGUUGAUUGGCUUCAGCGAGCCCUGGGUGGUUCAGAGAAGAAGGACCAGUUACUACCGCUGAGGCCCAAUGACAUGCUAGCAGCUACCGAAAGCUUACGCGAGGAGAUGUCCGAUCAUUUUGAUCGGUUCGGAGACUCGCUCACGGCCAAGAUCUCGAACGCCGAAGAAAUGCGAGCACUUUUGAAGCAGGUAACGCUCGACGAUGGGCCCCUAUCGACCCAAGAGCUGCAAGAAGGUCGAAGGGAAAUUUUGGGCAAACGUUCCGGAUUUCGGAUAUUUCAGGGACUGGUCGGGCAGUUGUACCGGGAAAAUUUGAAGACCGACAUCGACUUGUACCGGGCAAAGUUUCGGAUGUUGAAGCUUAUUCGAGAGGGGGGCCAGUGGCUCGCCGAAUCUGGUUCGAAAGGGACAACACAUGUGUUUGUGACGAAGAACGAGUCUUUAGAUGAGGAGCAUUUACAGCGCUGGGUAGACGGUUUUGCAAAGCAGAAUCGAAAGGUAGAUGUUUUGAACAUUGAUUGGAUUGAUUGUAGUCUGCGCGAGAAACGUACAUGUGAUGAACAGUUAUAUAGAGUUUUGUAAAUCUGUGACAAUGUUGAUGUUUUAUACCUUGAUCAGUAUCUAUCAGAUUAUAUUUUAUUCUAGUAGAUGUUUUGAACAUUGAUUGGAUUGAUUGUAGUCUGCGCGAGAAACGUACAUGUGAUGAACAGUUAUAUAGAGUUUUGUAAAUCUGUGACAAUGUUGUUGUUUUAUACCUUGAUCAGUAUCUAUCAGAUUAUAUUUUAUUCUAGUAGAUGUUAAUAAUAAUAAACUUAUUGUUUUAAUCAUAAAUAACAAAU